UUCUGCUAUGGCUUCCGGUCGUCUCUCUCUUGCGUUUCAAGUGCGUCUGCAAAUCCUGGAUUUUGGGAACGGCCUGAAUUUUAGUAUUUGUGUGGUGGGUUCUUGCAAUGGUCUCGUUUGUCUCCACGCUCACGGUACAUUGAAUGUUGUUAUAUGGAACCCUACAACUAAAGAAACAAAGGUUGUCCCCGAAUCAAACCUGCCCCUCUUCGCCCCCACUGGAUAUUGCACCCAUAUUCAAGGUAUGGGAUUUGGUUUUGAUGCCAAAACUAAUGACUACAAGAUAAUCAACUUUGUUAGUAUGUAUGAUCCCUAUUUUAAGGACUAUUAUUCACAAUACGUUAGGGACAUAAUAUACCAAAAAGAGUUAUACAGCUUAAGCACCGAUUCUUGGAGAAAAGUUGAUGGACCCCCGUGUUUUAUUGUUGAAACUCAUCAAGGUGUGAUGACAUACACCACCGGGAUGGGUUCUUGCCUGGCAUAUGAUGAUGGCCAGGAGACAUUUGUUUUGUCAUUUGACAUGAGCGAUGAGGUAUUCCUAAAAACACCACAUCCAGAUAAUGUUCAAGGGGAAACCCUUUUCGUGUUGAAUGAAUCGAUUGCUAUGGCUGAUACUAUAUGGAAUGAAGAAUCGACGGAGAUUCGAUUUGAUAUAUGGUUGUUGCUUAAAGUUGGUGUUAAGGACUCCUGGACUAGGCUUUUCACUAUUGGACCGUUUACAGAAAUUCACCGCCCAAUUGGAUUUUGGAAGAAUGACACCAUGUUCUUGCACAAAAUUGAUGACGGACAACUGUUCUUGUAUGACCCCUCUACCAAACAAAUGACUGAUCUCCAAAUUCCUGGAGAAAAUGACUGGAUGCAGUUGGUUACUUACAUGGAGACCCUGGUUUCUGUCAAGCGAGGAAAUGAAUCUGAAGAAUAGGACAAUUGUUGACAAGGCUUGAGGCCCAUGUUUCUAUAUCUGUUCCAAUUGUGUUUCAGGCAGCAUAUAUGUGCCGAGAUAAUAUAUUAUGCUUAUUCUUGACAAAAUUGUCUUUCUCAAAUAUUUAUACAUUUACAUUUAACCCGUAUUUUUUUUCGAGCAAUUGUGAGAGAUUUUUAUGGUUAAAUAAGCAGUUGUACGAGGGUUCUUCACACCAUCUUUAUUUUAAUUAUCAUGAAGAAUUAUCUUUUCACCAUCCCAUAAGUUUAGUGUUU